AUGCCCAUGGAGAACGACAAUGGCCACGCUAAAAACGUCGUCCUCACCGCCGAGCAAGCGACCAAGAUUAACGAGACUGAUGGACGGUUGCCGGAGAAUCGGCCGAGCGGUGUUGUCUCAGACACCGGAAGUGGAAGCGAGAAAGGAGAGGAGGGGGUAGAGACGGCAGUGGCGGUGGCUGUAGCGGCGGAUGAGAGCGGAUCGAAUUCGGUGGGAGAGCUACCUCCCCGAUCUUCCUCCGCUAGAGUUCCGUUCACUAAUCUAAGCCAAAUGGAUGCGGAUCUUGCUCUCGCUCGCACGCUCCAAGAACAGGAGCGGGCGUAUAUGAUGCUGACCAUGAACACUGAAAUCAGUGACUAUGGGAGCUGGGAAACUGGAAGCUAUGUAUACGAUGAGGAUGAGUUCGAUGACCCCGAGAAUGAGGAUGAGGAUGACGAUGAAGACGAGUAUGAAACAGAUGAGGAUCCUCAGGUAGAUGCCCCUGAUGUACAUGCCCAUGAAGACGAUCAAGAAGAUGACGGCAGAAACUCUGAUACCGAAGAAGUUGCUAAUUCAGAUGAUGAGGCCUAUGCUAGAGCUCUUCAGGAAGCUGAUGAAAGGGAAAUGGCAGCUAGACUGUCUGCCUUAUCUGGGUUUGCAGAUCGGGUUGAAGAUCUAGAGGAUGAGGAUCACACGUCUCAGGAUGCCUGGGAUGAGAUGGAUCCUGAUGAGCUUUCAUAUGAGGAAUUGCUUGCACUUGGCGAAAUUGUGGGAACCGAGAGUAGAGGAUUGUCUGCUGAUACAAUUGCAACUUUGCCUUCAAAAAGAUAUAAAGAUGGAGACAAUCAGAACGGAACCAAUGAGUCGUGUGUUAUUUGUCGUUUAGACUAUGAGGAUAACGAUGACUUGAUACUGCUUCCAUGCAAACAUUCGUAUCACUCGGAAUGCAUAAAUAACUGGUUGAAGAUAAACAAGAUUUGCCCCGUAUGUAGCGCAGAAGUUUCAACUUCCUCCGCUGGACCAAGCUAGUGUGAGCAAAAGAGAGAUCUAGAAAGAAAAAAAAAUUAUAAGCUAAGAACUUCAAAAACCUUAGCUGUCUGUUUGUAAACUAUAAAAACAAAACCAACAUCAGAUUUCCUUUAAACAAUCUCAUAAAUUGGAAGUUACUCAAAUCUUUUUUUAAGUUCUUGUACUCGUAUUUUAUUUGAAUUGCUUUAUAUUUGGAUAAGAAAACCCACGUA